AUUAAUCAAUCAUCAAUGGCCGCUAGUGCUUCUCCAAUGGCGAGCCAGCUCAAGAGCAGCUUUGCUUCUUCUCUAACCAGGGGACAGGUCAUUCCCAGAGGCAUAUCAGGUGCUCCUUUUAGGGUAUCCCCCACCAAGAGAACCCACUCUUUCACCGUCAAAGCCGUUCAAUCUGAUAAGCCAACUUACCAAGUGAUCCAACCCAUCAACGGUGACCCCUUCAUCGGAAGCCUCGAAACUCCGGUGACAUCCAGUCCGUUGAUCGCAUGGUACCUAUCCAACCUGCCGGCGUACCGGACGGCAGUGAGCCCACUUCUCCGGGGAAUAGAGGUGGGGCUGGCGCACGGGUUCCUGCUGGUGGGGCCAUUCGUGAAGGCGGGGCCAUUGAGGAAUACGGAGAUUGCAGGACCUGCUGGAUCGUUAGCAGCAGCUGGGCUGGUUGUGAUCCUGAGCGUGUGCCUGACAAUGUACGGGGUGGCGAGUUUCAACGAAGGUGAACCCUCGACUGCACCGGGACUAACCUUGACCGGGAGGAAGAAGGAGCCAGACCAGUUGCAGACUGCUGACGGUUGGGCUAAGUUCACCGGAGGGUUCUUCUUUGGUGGAAUUUCUGGUGUCAUCUGGGCUUACUUCCUUCUCUAUGUUCUUAACCUUCCUUACUACAUCAAGUAGAUGAUGAUGUGAAAUUCUUCUGUAUGUUCGUUUUGGAUGGUGAUUGGAAAUGGACAGUGUUGUAAAUUUAUGUCUUGGUGAUGAUCUUUUCAAGGGCGAUAGUUAAUAAUUGAAAGAGAGGCAAUCGUCCUUGAAUUCGUUUAAGUA